AGCAUUUGCUUCUCUCACACACAUUCAUCAUUCAUCAUUCCCAUUUCCAUCUCCUUAAGUCUCUCAUUCCUUUCCUUUCCUUUUUUUGGGAUUCUUAGCAACCAGUUAAGGUAAGUUGAGUAAGUAUGUGGGGUGUUGCUCUUACAGCCAUGGUUGUGGUGGGCAUUACCCAUUGGCUUUACAGAUGGUGGAAUCCUAAAUGCAACGGGAAUCUCCCCCCUGGUUCAAUGGGUUGGCCAUUACUAGGUGAAACCCUUCACUUCUUCGCUCCUAAUCCAACCUGGGAUACACCUCCCUUUGUCAAAGAGAGGAUCAAAAGAUAUGGGUCAAUAUUCCGAACUAGUUUGGUUGGGAGGCCGGUUGUAGUCUCAACUGAUUCAGAUCUUAAUUAUAUCAUCUUCCAGCAAGAAGGCCAGUUGUUUCAAAGCUGGUAUCCAGAUAGUUUUACCGAAGUUUUUGGGAGACAGAAUGUAGGAUCUUUGCAUGGAUAUAUGUACAAAUAUCUUAAGAACAUGGUCUUAUAUUUAUUUGGUCCCGAAAGUCUCAAAAAGAUGCUUCACGAAGUAGAACACGUGGCAGCUAUAAACUUACAGAAAUGGGCUGCCCAGGAUUCGGUGGAAUUGAAGGAAGCAACUGCAAAUAUGAUAUUUGAUCUGACUGCAAAAAAGUUGAUAAGUUAUGAUCCGGAGAAAUCAUCCGAGAAUCUGAGGGAGAAUUUUGUAGCUUUUAUACAGGGAUUAAUUUCCUUCCCUUUGGACAUUCCUGGAACAGCUUACCACAAGUGUCUAGAGGGAAGAAGGAAGGCAAUGACGAUGCUGAAGAGCAUGCUAGAAGAGAGGCGAGCAAAGCCAAGAGAGGUGAAAAGCGAUUUCUUCGAUUACUUACUUGAAGAACUUGAAAGAGGUGAUUCCAUACUUACAGAAGCAAUCGCCUUGGAUUUGAUGUUUGUGCUAUUGUUUGCGAGCUUUGAAACAACUUCUCUCGCCAUAACAGUAGCUGUUAAGCUUCUGAAAGAGAAUCCUCGGGUAUUGCAGGCAUUAACGGAAGAGCAUGAGAGUAUCCUAAGAAACAGGGAAAAUACAGAGUCUGGACUUACAUGGAAAGAAUAUAAGUCGAUGACGUUCACGUUUCAGCUUAUAAACGAAACAGUGCGUCUGGCUAACAUAGUUCCAGGGGUAUUCAGAAAAGCACUUAAAGAUAUCAAGUUCAAAGACUAUACAAUUCCCGCUGGUUGGGCAGUAAUGGUAUGUCCUCCAGCCGUCCACUUAAACCCGGACAAUUAUAAAGAUCCGCUGGAAUUCAAUCCAUGGAGAUGGGAGAGGAUGGAUCAGAAAGGUGCAUCAAAGAACUUUAUGGCUUUUGGUGGUGGCAUGAGGUUUUGUGUUGGAACUGAUUUCACUAAACUACAGAUGGCUGUGUUUCUUCACUGCUUAGUCACCAAAUACAGGUGGCGACUUGUGGGAGGAGGAGAAAUUGUACGAACGCCUGGUUUACAGUUUCCAAAUGGGUUUCAUGUUGAGAUCACAGAGAAAGAUGAUACUGAUACUAAUCCAAGACAAUAGGAUCCCUGUUGUAAAACAAUCACCAACUUCCUGAAAAUGUAUGUGAGUAAGCUGAGGAAAAUUUUGCUCAGGGGCAUGUCAAGCACAAUGCUUAGAAAAUGUAUAAGUUUACAGAAGCAAGAAAUGAAAAAUGUACAAUGUUCUAA